CAGUUUGCCCCGUCCUGAACGCAUGCGCGCCACGCCCCUGGUGGUCGAUUUCCGGACUUCGUCACGAGUGUAAGCAGUCUCCCAACUCUUCUCUGCUUGUCUCUGCUGCUGUCUGCUGCGUCUAUUGUCAUCGAACCGGCUGUUAGCUUUUCAUAAAUAAUCAAUAGUGAAUUGAAAGUGGAAAAGACUUUCAGAUCGCUGACAUUAAUAAUUAAACGAUAAUUAAUCUCCGCUACAAUGUUCAGCGAUCAAUCGUUCGAGCCUGUGGGCUUCAGUUCACAAUUGUCAUCGAAAAAGGAGGAUAAAUCUGUCAAUAUUCAGACGGAAGAUAUCAAAUAUGAUUCCAGCGAGCAGCAAGCUGUGGAAACGAAAGACAUGGAGACUCAAACGGUAUCGGAACGUAAAGAGAAAGUCCAGAUAGAUUAUCAAAAACUGGCAGCAUUUUUGAAACGUGUCACCCCAGGAGUUCUUGUGGAGUUAGACGAGGCUUAUGGUAGCAGCGCGUUCGACAAUUAUGAACCAAGUAUUACAGACAGUGAAUCCACCACUACGAUACGGUUAUCAGCAAAAGUUAACAUCUCCGAUGAUUCGACCACAAAAAUAAAAAUCAAUGAUCUAGCUUGGAGCAUAGGAGGAGGCGUGCUUGCAAGUUGCCAUGGCAUACCAAGUCACUCGAGUUGGUGCGAUCACUUAUCAAAAAUUGAAUUUUUCAACCUUACCCGUGACGACCAGUUUGUAGAAACUCCUAGCAAGGUACUGGAACUGAAUGCUUGCGUUACUUUAUUGGCAUAUCAUCCGACCGAGCCAUCCGUUGUAGCUGCUGGUCUGUUCAAUGGUGAUGUACUACUUUGGAACCUACGAGAUGAAUUUUCGGUUACACCUUUGCAAGUCUGCACACACGGCGAUUCUAUAUCAUCGAUAUAUUGGCAAACAAGAAACGUUAACAAUGUUCCAUUACUUGUGACUGCGAGUACCGAUGGGUUCAUCUACGUCCACAAAUUAAUGGCAAACUUCACCAUUGUCAAGCUACAUAAACGCUUCAAAGUAGCAAAAGAACACAAUCCAUCGGAAAGUGCAAGACCAAGAAGUGCAGGAGGAAAACGAGAGCGAGCCAUAGAAGCUGGAUUGUCGAUUACUUGUUUAGAUUUUUCUACAAAAGAUACCACACUCUUCAUUGUGGGCACAUUAUGUGGAGGUUUAUAUAAGUGCAGUGAAGUUCGAGCAAUACCCAUCGAAGAAAAUGAAAGUAUAUUGGAUCCAGUAAUAGAUGAGUACACCAGACAUGCAGGCAGCGUUACUUGCAUUCGGUGUUCUUCGCUACAUAACCUUUUCAUCUCGAGUGGAGCCGACAAAGAAAUAAGAAUUUUUGACAUCGAACAGUCAUCUCAUCAACAUGUAAUCAUCGUUGAAGAAACAGUUGUCGGAUUAAAGUGGUUCCCCGGGAACCCAGAUUUAUUUUGCACUUAUGGAGCAGGGCCUGUCAUAAGAUUUUACAAUGUAACGAAUGGUAAAUCAAUUCCAAACUUGAAACUUGAGUCGAGUGAUCGAUACAACACUAGCUGCCUCAGUUUUAAUCCUAAAAGAGACAUGGUAGCACUGGGUGACACUUCCGGAAACGUGGAAAUUUGGAAGAUUCCCAGUCGUUUGUCUUCGUUAAGUCUCAAAUAAAGAGAGGUUUUAAAUGUUCUGUCUACUUUGCGAGAUUGAAAUAAUCUGUAAGAAUUCUUAAAAGACGUUAAGGUGAAGUGAAACCCCCUUCAAAUCAGUCGAUUCGAA